AUGGAGGGGCCCCCCGUUCCCCCUCAGUGGGGGGGGCCCCCAAGGAGCAGAUCUCCGACCUGGUCCAGUGGACGGCGGGCCGCACGGCGCUUUGUGGCUUUUGAAUUUGCAACACUGCCGCCUCCCCCACCCUCGCCUCCUCUUAGCGAAACAGAUGGCUUAAAGGCGUUUUUGCUGAGUCUCGCCGCGGAUGAGGAGCUCGAGAACGGCCUUGAAUCGUGUGCGGCAGGGGAUGAAUGGGCGCCUACAGCAUCAGCUCCAGCCUCAGCAGUCGACCGCAACUGUUCCCCUUCCCCUGCACAAGUUCCCCACACUCUGCUACUCCGGAAACAGAACCAACAACAAGCGCAAGGGGAAGGAGUCGACCCUGGAAGUCUUUCACUGGAAAAGCAGCUCGAGCGUCUGCGGCGCUUGGCGAAAGCGAAGGGCCUUAUGGCUCCUCUUCCGCAGCAUGGAGUGCCUUCUAGCGGCCACCAGGCAGAUAUCCGUGCCUAUAUGGGCCCCACUUGGAGGGGCCCCCUGCAGCAGCAGCAGUGUUUCGUAGCAGCUGCUGCCCCGUCGCUGCAUGGCCUUAGUGUUUCUUCGAUCACUGCGCCUUCUACGCCUGGAGGAGACUCAGCGGGGGAUUUUCGAGAGGCGCCUUGUUCCCCGUCAGCCUCCGACAACAGCCCGCAAGAGGCCUUCAACAAAGAUCGCAGAGGCGGCCUUAGCCGCGAGGCAGCUCUCACGGAGACGAAAAAACAAGGAACUCUUGCGCGGCGGCACUGCCGAGCAAACCUGACAACGGGAGUCGCACGCGGAAAAAAAAAGCCACCCCCGCAAAAGCCAAGGCGAACACCCCCAAAAGAGGCCCUAGUAGGGGUCAAGUCAUGUUUAACCCUCUUCUCGCAUGGGAGGCCGUCUGUGGGGGCUGGCAACGCCUUUGAAACAUUUGUUGGCGAGAACUUUCCUGUAGAGGGCGCAUCAGUGGAAUCCUCGACUUCCUCAGCGACUCCUUCGCAGCACAGCGCCUCGGGAGGCCCCCCUUGCUGGGUAUUUUCGGUGUUGUUCGAGGACGGCUCCUCUUCGUCAAUGUGCAGCAAGAAACUCGAUGCAGCGCGAUUCAAGCAAAAGACCUUGCGUGCCCGCUUCCCUCGUCCUGUUGCGAUUGUGCUUUCCAGGGGUUCUAUGGUUGCCUGCCUGGAAGGCCCUUAUCUCGCGUCGAGGAGCUCCGAGGCUUCCACCGAAGAGGCCCUCCAAAGACUCACACAAGGAACUCCAAAGGACUGGCAACACUUUGUCAUGCCCGUGGCUGAGUUUGCGUUGAAUCAAGAGCAACAACAACAGCAAGAGCAACAACAACAGCAAGAGCAACAACUACAGCAGCAAGAGCAACAACUACAGCAGCAAGAGCAACAACAGCAGCAAGUAUCUCCAGAGGGGGUGUGGGGCUUUGUGCGGGACGUGUUUAUUUCGAGGAAGAGGAGUUGCCAUUCAGGGGGUCUCUUGCUGAUGUGGAGUUGCCAGGAGGCGCUCAGGCCUCUCUUAGCAGAAGAACUUGCGAUUCCGCUCGGGAAGGUGUGCUUCCUGGAUGUGUCUCUGAUGGUGUGGCUGGCAGCCCCCGACGACUCCCAGAGUGCAGGGGCCCUCAGUGCAGCGGCAGCGCGACUCAAGUUGCCGUAUUCCUUGUUUCGCGAUCAAAGGCCGCCUCGUGGGGAUGAAGGCAUGUGCAUGCGCAUGCAGGGGAAUUUGUCGAGCACAGACUUGGGGGUGUCUGAGGAGGCAAGCGUGCUGUGGACCUCCUCUAUGGAGGGUGCCGCGGCAACGGCUGCGAUUGCGAGCAUCUUGGGGCAGUCGAUCCUCUCGCAAGGCCUUUGCAGGAUUCUGGAGGCGCAGGAGGGGCCUAUUGCCUUGCUGCUCGCUGUCAUUGAGACUACGGGCAUCGCAUGCGAUCUUUCGCUCAUUGAGCCCCUGAAAUCCCAACUGCAGGAAGUAAUGGCGCGACUGACGGCUGCUUGCUCGGAAGCAGCAGGCUUCUCGUUUACGCCGUCCUCCGUGAAGCAGGUCGCCUACGUCCUGUACACCCAUCUGAAACUUGGAGUGCCUCCCGCGGAGUCUCCUGGGAGCUUCCAGGGAGGCCCUCAGGGCACCAAAGUCGUAGGAGGAGGAGAAAGGACGAAACAGUUCUGCACGGAUGACAACGUCCUUCAGGGCCUAAGGGACGCGCACCCCGUGGUUCCCCUGCUGCAGAGUUAUCGCCAAAUCGCCAAACUCUAUUCCACCUACCUCGCCCCACUGACACCCGUAAGCUGCACUUACGCGAGGCGGCUCAAGAUGCGCCUCUACGCCGCACGGGCGUGGAGGGAGGACAGCCAUCCUGAGCUGUACGGCCUGGGAUUGGGUGGGCUGCUGCUGGCGCUGCUGCAGCUCUCUCCAAGAGCCGAAGGAUGCCCUGAUGCUGUUGCAACCCCCAAAACGGAGGGCCCCGUAGGCUUCCACGUGCCUCAGGAGGGCCCCCUGUCGCUCCACAAGAAGAAGGCCAAAGGCUUUUCAACCCCGUGGGCUGCUGGUCGCAAUCCGAAGCAGCCAGCGGAGCUUCCAAGGGUAUUCUGCCGGUGGAACCAGACGCACACUGUCACUGGCCGCCUUUCUGCUUCUUAUUACAACAUGCAGACUAUCCCAAGAGAAGCCGUGCUAAUGCUGCCACAGAGAGGCCCGACGGGGGCCCCCUCUGCAGCGGGAAGCCUCCUGGGGGCGCCCUCUGUUGAAGUGAAGUUGAAAUGCCGGGAGGCCUUUGUGCCAACUGACCCGGCGCGACAAGAGCUUGUCUCCGCCGAUUUUUCCCAAAUCGAAAUGCGCGUUUUGGUAAAUUUCGAGUCUCUAGACAGGCGUGGGGGGCAGCGCUUGGGAGAGGGGAGAGGAGCGGGGUGGGCAUUGUGUCGCGGUGCUGAUCCUUACAAAGAAAUGGCUGCGGCUGUUGCUGGGGUUUCUCUGGAUGCUGUUUCCGACGAAUUGAGGGCACACGCGAAGGUGGCAUGCCUCUCUCUGUUGUACGGCGGAGGUUUGCAGACGGUGGCGCAGCAGUUGGGUAUGGGUCUUGAGGCCGCGGUAAAGUGCCGUCAGCAAUUCUUGGAGGCUUUUCCGGAAGUCGCUCAGUUCGCGAAGGAUUCAACUGCCUUUGCGCAACAGCAUGGAUACGUUACUACACUGGCAGGAAGACGUCGACCUUUGAAAUUGGAAAAUAUGGACAGCGCCGCCCUUUCUCGGCAGGCGGUAAAUUCGCGGAUCCAAGGCAGUGCAAGCGAUAUCAUCAAGCAAGCAAUGCUUGCAGUUCAACGAGCGCUGCAGACGAGGAAGUUCAAAGGGAGCUUGCCCCCUCGCUUGCUGCUAUCGCUGCACGACGAACUGCUCGUAGAGUGCUGCAGGGAAGACACGGAAGCACUGAUCUCAUUGAUGAAAGAGGAAAUGCAAGGCGCAGCAACGCUCGCCGUGCCGCUCGUGGUGGUUAUUAGGAAAGGAGCUUCCUGGGGCGAUCUCGUUGAAACGCGCCACUAA